AUGGAGCUUAAACAAAAACCAGAAGUUGAAACAAAAAAGAUCAGAGCUGUAAAAAUUAUACAACAAAAAUGGAUUGAGAUUAUGUAUAAGCCCAAUGGUCUCAAAGCUAAAGAACUCGCUGAGCAUUAUAAAUUAUUAUGGGCAGUUAGAGAAGAAAUGCAUCAGCAUAAAAAUCUUCUUAGUACAAAUAAACUACAGAAUUUAUUUAUUUUUCAACAUCUACUUCAACCUCAAUCAGGCUGGAUACUGAUAGCUAUUUCAUUGGAGAAUAGUAAAGAAUAA